UAAACAACAUUUCAUAUCUAUUAACUAUUACUAAAACAAAACAUUGCUAACAUCAUCUCUCCUCAAAACUGUAUACGUGUCGCUUUCUUAUGAAAUUUUUUCCCGCCUAAAACCAUUGAUGAUGUCAUUUUUUUUAUAACUUUUUUUUUUGAAAGGAUUUUUUUUCUUUUGUUUGAUACUUCGUAAACAAGCUAAUUAAGUUCUUUCAACAACUUUAAUCUAGAAAACCGAAAUAUAGUGAAUUGAAAAGCAAUUGUAUUCCUUUCUUUUGAUUUAAAGUUCUAUCAUUCCCUCUUCUCAAUUUCUUAACACUAAUAUUCAAACGUCCAGAAAUUUUUUAAAAUAUUCAAACUGUAUUUCUUUUAAAAAAUCUUCUUCCAAUGAAUUUAUGACAAAAUUGAAAAGAUUAAUUGUAUAUACGAGUUCUAUAUUAUAAUUUUUUUUUAGGAAAAUACAAGAAUAAUCCAACCUUCCCUCCAUUCUCCCAAAACAAUCCCACCUUUAGAUUAUAACCUUUGCUACUCAUUUUCUCCUAACAAGCCUAUGUGACCGGUUACUUUAAGAUCAGGUAAGUUUUUUGUUUAUUAUUUAUUUUUCACUUUUAUUCUCUCCUCCUCCUAUCUCCUUACUGGCAUCAAUGGAUGGCACUCAUGGCAGCCACAACCAUAACAAUGGCUUCCCCUCUUUAUCCUCCUCCUCCCUCUCUUCAAUGCCUUUCUACCUUCAAACACAACCACCCAUCUUCUUCUUCACUCGACCCCACAAUCACAAUCAAUCCCCUUUCCAACUUUUCCUCCGACCACCUGCAACCCACCCCCGUCGCUUCCCUAUUUGGCCUGAAACCACCUUUAAACCCCAACUAAUUGCAAUACUAAUGAUAUUAAUGAAACCCAAACCCCUACAAUUUGAAUUUUUUAUAUGAAUUGAAAGUGAAAAAUCCUAAUUUGAUUUAUGAUUUUCUGGUUUUGUUUUAGAAUUCUUUGUUGAUUUUUUUUUUUUUAUUGAUGUGAUUAAUGUUGGAUUAAGAUAUUGGAUUUUUUUUUCUUAUUUGAACAAAGUGGGUGAUUGUUUGCUGGAUCAGUUUCAUUAUUGUUGUUUGUGUUAAUUGGGAAGUUGAUGUUAGUGAUUUGAUGUUGGUUUGUGGUUGUGGGUUGGUGGUGCAAGGAAGCGGGGUAUGGGAUUUGCCGAUUUGGUGAGGUGGUGUGGGUGAGGUGCUGCUGACUUUGGUGUUUGGUGGCGGUGGGUCAUGGUCGUGGUUAGGGUGGGCUUUUUUCCUAUCUGGGUGGUGGAAGUAGGGUGUGCUGGAUGGUGUUAAUGGUGACCAUGGAAGUGGCGGUGGUGGAUGGGGUUUACGGUGGCCAUGAAAGGGAAGAGAGAUAGGAGGAGAAAGAAGAAAACAUUUGUUUUUGUUAAUUAAUAGAAUUAAAAGAUUAAAAUAAAAAAAUUAGCUAACAAUGAAGUGACGCGUGGAUUGGCAACUGGUUGUAUGGGUAGGGUGACCUGCUAGGAUUGUUAUGAGAAAAUGGGUAGCAAAGAUUGGAUUAUUCAAGAAUAAUCCAAAGGUGGGAUUGUUUUGGGAGAAUGGAGAAAAGGUUGGAUUAUUCUUGUUAAAUUUUUCCUUUUUUUUAUUUUUAUUGAAACUUAACCUUUUUUUUAGGGUGUUGUUAAACGUCGUUCGCAUUUUACUAGGUGACGUUCACAUUUUUUACAUGAAUUUCCUAAAUUGCCCUCCGUAUAUAAAUACUCGAUAAAGUAAGUUAGGGCUUUACGAGUCAUUUCCCAUCUCACAAAAUCACUCUUUGACACUUUCUCUCUCUAAAACCUUCCAAAAAAUCAGAAAUUUUGAAAAAAAAAAAAAAUCAGAAAUUUUUUUUUUUAAAAAAAAACCAAAAUAGUUGAAGGCUACUCAAACACAAGCAAAUCUUGCAAUCAAACGUUGAAUCCGACAAUGGCAGACCGACGGAGAAUUAGGCUGACGUUUGGUGGUCGUGGUGGCGGCGUUAGCGGCGGCGAGCCGAUUGAGGGUUCUGGUCCUCGUCAUGCAAGAUCAAGACGUUUGAAUGCGUCUGUUAGGAGGGAGUUAGGUGGUGCAGGACCUUCACAUGCACCGUUUCAGCAUGAGCAGCAGUAUGGGACUGCUGGUGCUUGGUCGGGGGAGCACCAGUCACAGGGGAGCGCCCCCAUGUAUUCGUCUACUGGAGUGCCUUCAUCAGAUGAGGAUGAGGAUGAAGAUCGAGGAAGUCAAUCUGCUGGAGAUGCACAGUACGACCCUCAGGAUUACCGUAUUGUGUAUAGGGGUGACCAUGGGAGAUAUGUUAGCAGUAGUGAACCAGGUCAAGCUUCUACCAGCUCGUCAGAGUCAUGGGUGGUGCAGGAGCCGAUGCCAGGUGGGCCUGAGGAUGGUACCGUUAUUCCGAGUUUUGGGGGUCACGUGUCUGCCUACAUAUGGGGUGGGCAGGAGCGAAACGUGCUGCGGUGUUUGAGAAGGACACAGUUGUGUUCUGAAUUGGGUAACUGGCGCGCUCGUCUUCCGCCGGAGCACCUGGAACCGAUUGAUGGCACUGGUCUAUCUCAUUUACCCGGGAUCAUGUUCCGGCGAUUUGACUGGCCCUUAAUUUCUGCUUUUGUUGAGAGAUGGCAGCCAGACACGAACACGUUUCACAUGCCUUUUGGGGAGAUCACGAUCAUGCUGCAUGAUGUGUAUCAUAUUCUAGGGCUUCGUGUCGACGGUUCCAUGGUUUCCACUACUCCUAGCACGGACGUUUUACGGGACGCGUGUUCGGUUACCUUGGAUAUGACUGAGGAAGAGCUGAAUGAGAAGUGCGGUACCAAAACCGUAUGGCAGGGUAGUGGGGUCCUGACUGAGAGGAUAGUGGAGUCGACCUUGGAGGCGCAGAGGCCCUUCAGUUUCCAUUACAGGGCGUACCUGUGGUUAGUACUCGGCGGUUGUUUGUUUUUGGACAAGAGUGGAAACCGUACUCAUCCUUCCUUCCUCAACGAGCUGUUUGUUGAGGAUGUUCAGAUUAGUGAGUACUCCUGGGGUUCUGCUGUGCUAGCAUACAUGUACCGGCAAUUGGGUACAGCAUCACGAAGAGAUGCUGAUUCUAUCGCUGGCUGCCUUACGCUUCUGCAGGCGUGGAUCUACGAGUACUUUCCGUGUUUCCGGCCUCAGCAGGGGACCUUGACCAGAGAGCUUGCUAUUCCUCGUGCGUCCGCCUGGGAUGUUGGAUCGGGGUGCCCUAACAAGAGCAUGGAGCGCCUUCUCGCUUUUCGGGCUAGGUUGGAUCAUUUGACUGACAAUGAAGUUAACUGGCUACCGUACGGAGUUGAUCCAGCACAACGCGUGCCUGCUACUCUUUUCAUUGCCUGCAUCCAGUAUCGUAGCAUCAUUGAGCCAUACAUGCCUGAUCGAGUGGUUCGGCAACUUGGAUACGUCCAGGGCAUUCCACCAGCCAUUAUCAGGCCUGAGAAGGCUAAGAGACCGACGAACUUGAAGAUGUAUCGGGUUGACUUUCCGCCAGAGAUGACAUCUGUGAUGUGGACUCGGUUUGUCCCUGGUAUGUCUUUUAGUGUCGUGGUAGGUGCCCUCAGCAGACUUGGUGGUGGUGCUCAUACAGUCGGUCCUGGUUACAUGCAGUGGCUGUACCGAUUUUCUCAUCCACGUGUUUCUCCAGUUGCGUCAUCACAUGAGAGUCGCACACUGCCAGAGAGAACUAACACUGAUUACGUAAGUAGUUGUAUUUUUUGGUAUAAUUUAAUAAGUUGCUAUUUUAAUAUGUUGUUUAUAAUAUGUUGUUUUUAAAAUCCGAUUUUUUUAAUAUGUUGUUUUUAAUAUGUUGUUUUUUUUAAAAAAAAAACUUGUGAUUUAUUUAAUAUGUUGUUUUUUUAAUUGAAGUGGAUGGGUCGGUCUAUGGAGGUCAUCAACAGGACCCUGGAGGAGUAUCCGAGCCUAUCGCGUGAUACAAGAGCAAUGGCUGAGGCGCUACGAGCUGAUUGGAGGGCGAUG